CGUUUGUUCGAAUGUCUAUUACAUUCCUGAUGAUGCCAACUGAAAGCUGGCGAAAGCUCGAAUAAAGUAUUUUCAAGACUGAAAGUCAUGUUAUUCAUAGCAGUUCUAUAUUCGAUUUACAAAUAUUCACCGUCUUGUUUUGCGGUCAGCCGAGUAUAUAAGUGCAGUCGAAAUAUCGAAGAAAUAUCAUCUUCUUUUCCUUCUUUUUCAGUGUUAGAUCAUCAGUUUUGUGCUUUCUUUAUUAUAGACGUUCAAUUAUUUUUAGAUCAAGUCCCACUGGGUAAGACAAAUCUCACCUUCGGCUUAACCAAAAUUUUCUGUUCUCGCGUGUUUUUAUUCCGUUUUUAACGAGCAAAAAACGCGUUAAAUGUUUCAUCUGAAACGCGUUCUAGAGCGUUUGAGAACUCGUUUUUUGUACGUUUUUAACGCAAAAAUAAUACGUUGCGAAAUUCCGAAAAACGUCUUUUCAAACGAAUAGAUAAAGUAAAACGCGUUUAAACGACAAAAAAAUAGCGUUGGUUUUGAAAUAUUUAACGCGUUUUUUGGUCGUCAAAAACGGAAUAAAAACGCGUUUUUUCUCAACUUUUUUACCUCGGGGCAUUCACCGUCUUGUUUUGCGGUCAGCCGAGUAUAUAGGCACCAUCGAAAUAUCGAAGAAAUUUCGCAAUGCGCGUUUUACAUAUUAUUAUAUUUUUAAAUAUUACACAGUGCUUACUUCGAAAUGACAAAAUAGCGAGUCCUUAUGUUUUUAUAUAUAAGUAUCGCAGGACUUCUGAGUGGCAGCUACAUCUAAGUUUUUGCGCUUUUCUCACAGUCGACCUAAUUUUGAUUUAAAACUUUGGUGGAAUUCAGAAAGUAGAAAAAAGCAAUAGUUAUGUCUUGGCAUAACUUCACAGAGUCGUUGUGUCAAAACAACGGCGAGAGUUGAAAUUCGAUCAUUUUUCUGUCUUUUUCCAAUUUUUGAUUUUGCAGGACUUUUCGUCAAACUUGAAUACCUUAACCAAAAUUUAAACUCUUAUCCUUUGGUUUUGGUCAAUACUUAUCAAUAUAUUUGUCUUUUGGACAGAUUUUCAUUUCACAAGAGUUGUUUGAGCAGCUUCGGUUGGCGCCUACGUGUAAUAAUUCUUAUACAAAAAUUUAGAGUGUUCCUUACUCACGAGAUUAUGAAUCAAAAUAUCGACAAUUAAAACGUAUUUUACCAAAACCAAAAAGUCAUGUGGGUAGUCAAUUUGAAAUUCAUGUUAGUCGUAAAGAAAUAUUAGAAACAUCAUUUCGUUCAAUUAUGAUUGUAAAAGAUGUUGAAGUAUUUAAAACAAGAUUAUGGGUUAUUUUCGAUGGUGAACGAGGUCUGGAUUAUGGUGGUUUGAGUCGUGAAUGGUUUUUGUUAUUAUCACGUGAAAUGUUUAAUCCUUAUUAUGGAUUAUUUGAAUACAGUGCUAUUGAUAAUUAUACGUUACAAGUCAAUUCGGCAUCUGGUUUAUUAAACGAAGAUCAUAUCAAAUAUUUUCGUUUUAUUGGAAGAAUCAUGGGUAUGGCUGUUUAUCAUGGAAAACUACUUGAAGCAUUUUUUAUUCGUCCAUUUUAUAAAAUGCUAUUGGGUAAACCCAUUAAUUUAACAGAUAUGGAAACUGUUGAUCGCGAAUAUUAUCAAUCACUAAAAUAUAUUGUUGAUAAUGAUCCAAGCGAUUUAGAUUUAUAUUUUGUUGUUAAUGAAGAAAUAUUAGGCGAUUUUCGUGAGCAUGAAUUAAAACCAAAUGGACAACAUAUACAAGUAACAGAAGAAAAUAAACGUGAUUAUAUCGAUCUUGUUAUUCAUUAUCGUUUUGUCAGACGAGUUGAAGUACAAAUGAAUGCGCUAAAGCAAGGCUUUCAGGAUAUUAUGCCAUUAGAUACAAUCAAACUGUUUGAUGAAAAAGAAGUUGAAUUACUGAUCAGUGGACUAGGUGAAAUAAAUAUUAAUGAUUGGAGGACAUAUACAAUGUACAAGGGAGGUUAUACACCAGCAAAUCCCGUUAUUCAAUGGUUUUGGCAGGCCGUUUCGACAUUAAAUACGGAAGAAAGAACACGUCUUCUGCAAUUUGUUACUGGCACAUCACGUUUGCCAAUGAAUGGAUUUAGAGAAUUAUGGGGUUCAUCUGGUCCACAAUUAUUCACAAUUGAAAAAUGGGGUGAUAGAACGAAAUUGCCACGUGCACAUACAUGUUUUAAUCGUCUAGACUUGCCACCGUAUGACAAUUAUAGAGAUCUACGUCAAAAAUUAAUACAAGCAAUGGAAAUGUCUGAAGCCUUUGAUGGUGUUGACUAA